GGUCCGCCAUCUUCUCCCUGGCGGUCCGGGGAGGGGCCUCGCCGUUUGAAAACAGCAACAACCGCCAGGCGAAGCAACGUGAGGACGCUGCCCGUCGCCGCCGUUUCGUCCUGAGCGCGAAGAACUUCCCAAGAGAGACUGAUCGGGCCGCGAGGAGCGCACCCGCCGCCUCCCGGGGUUGGCAGUCCUGAUCCUGCCUGGAAUCGGAGCUUCUCCACCGCUGGCAGUCGAGGGGCAUGAAGUGGGACAUCGCCAGACCUGUGAACAGAGCAAUGGCCGGUUUGGCCGCCUGCUGCUUCUCCAUCCCGGAUUCCUGUCGCGGCCGCUUACGAUGUCCUUGCCUUCUCUGUUAAGGUUUGACGGAGAGGAGGACGCCACGCAGGGAGCAGAAUGGGCUGGACUCCUCUUUCCACCUAUGUCGCUGGUGGACCUGGGGAAGAAGCUCCUGGAAGCAGCCCGCCAAGGCCAGGACGAUGAAGUCAGGCUGCUAAUGGCCAAUGGGGCCCCGUUCACCACCGACUGGCUGGGAACGUCACCCCUUCACCUCGCUGCUCAGUACGGUCAUUAUUCGACAGCAGAAGUUCUGCUUCGGGCCGGAGUGAGUCGAGACGCUCGGACCAAGGUGGACCGGACACCCCUCCAUAUGGCGGCCGCAGACGGCCACUGUCAUAUUGUCGAGCUCCUGGUCAGGAACGGUGCCGACGUGAAUGCCAAGGACAUGCUGAAGAUGACAGCUUUGCACUGGGCGACCGAACACAACCACCGGGACGUCAUCGAGCUGCUGCUCAAGUACGGGGCGGACGUUCACGCCUUCAGCAAGUUUGACAAGUCUGCUUUUGACAUCGCUUUGGACAAGAACAAUCCCGAAACUUUGCUGUUGCUGCAGCUUUUUGCAGCGAGGCCCGAAAGACUUUCUCUUCCUCAGGAGGCGAUGCAGAAUCAGGUCAACAUCAACCCCGAGAGAGCGCAGGCCGUCCCGGGCUCUGUGACGGUGGGCCAGCCCUUCAUUCUGGCUUCAGGAGGACUGCUGAGUUUGGCCAGCAUCGUUUCUUCAGCAGACACCAAAGCAGCCUCAGGAGAUUCCAUCAUCACCAUGAGGCAGUUUCCAAACUCUGCCCCCUCUGUUCUCGCUACCCUGGCAGCCAUCGCAGAAGCCUCCGCUCCCCUUUCCGAUGCCAACCAAAUUCCUGCUGUUUCGGAAGAAAUCGUGGAAACCCACCCAGCGGAUGCUUCCUUCAAGCAGGCGGUCAGCGGCGGCCAGCACGUUCUCGCGAUUGUGACCGAGGGCGUCCCUCUGGGCCAGCUCCAGACGGCUUUGCCGGCCGCUUGCCUUGGGCAGCCAUUCAUCGUAACGAUGCAGAACGGGCAGCGAGUUCUAACUGUACCUGCUGGUCAGGAUGCAGAAGGAGCCCUUCUCAAAGCCCUGAGCGAGAACAGCCACCUGGCUGAAGCAGGGAAGCCGCCCUCCAAGAAAGUCAAAGUGAAACAAGCAGUGGAUGGAAGGAAGGAUGAGCAGGAAGGGAGAGAGGAUGGCCGCGAAAAAGAAGCUUUGCAACGGCAGCUUCGGGAGGCCAACCGUCAAGCUCAGGAGUACCGAAGCCAGCUGCUGCAGAAAGAGCGGGAAGCUGAGCUUUACCGCCAGAAGCUGGAAGCCAUGGGCCAGCAGGAGGCCGGCGCGAGAGAAGGGGCUGCCCAGGAGGAGGCCAGCGGGGCCGGCGCCGUCGAGGCAUUCUCUGAAGAAGCGGGCAGCUCCCCAGGGCGAGGGCAGCUCCCGGCCGACACGGGCACCGAGGCAGUCACUUCCUAACCCCCAGGUGGAUGUUUUGCUGUGCCUUUUUUUACAACCAAAGAUUUGCCCCAGGAAAACUGACAUGGGGGAUUUGGGAGCCAGGUUCUUGAGGCUGCCCCUCACGGGCUCUGGGGGUGGGAAGCCUUUCAGCAGAGGGCUUUAAGACAAGCAGGGGGAUCUAAAAGUCGCCUUCGUAGGAGGUGAUCCAUUUGAUUCAGCGCACUUGCUGAUAUGACCCUGCAAACAGCUCAGCAGAAUGUUUUGAAAACAGCCCUUUAACAUUUGCUGGGGGAGCAGCGGGGGAAAGAAACCUUUCAGCCCUCCGCUUUAGUGACAGCUGCAGGUAGGAGAAGAAAAGCGGUCAAGCCGAAGUAUAAACAGGAGCUGAUUGAUCAGCCCGCCCUGCCCCAUGGAAACAUGAGGCCAGCUUCAGGGCCGUGCGUUCCUCCCCCAGCAGUUUGCAGCCAUGAUGGGCCUUCAGCAAAGUCCAGAAAGGGAGCAGAGCUUCAGGCUGGGGGGCAGGAGAGCAGCUCCUCCCUCACUCUUCUAUCCCUCCCGUCAGGCCCUGCAGUCCCCCUUCUAGAGAUUUAAAGGGGCCUGAGUCACCCGGCGUCUUCGCUGCUCAGGGUCUGCAGAGGAGCCCGUCUCCAUCCCACCUCCGAGCCCUGAAUUUAGGUUCCGGGUCCCCUCUGAUUGGGGUCUCCCACCUCCCUCCUCCCACUUCUAGGUGGCCCAGCCGGACAGAGACAAGCCUUUAACAGCUUCCCAGCUGUUAAAGGCACAGGAACCCUUUGUCAUCCGUCUGCAAUCUCCCUCUGCUCGCGGUGGGAGUCCGUGAUUCAUCACAUCCAGCCCGCUGCUCAGUGCAGGAAUCCAAGUUGGAAGAUCCCAGAUAGAUGAGUGUCCAGGCUCUGCUUGAACCCUCCCAGUGAAGCUCUUCAGUCAAAAUCUGCCCUCCUCUAACUUCGUCAAACCCCUCUCUCGGAGCUAGGAACUUGCUGGGGAGUUUUAUUUUUCAACGGAAACCGAAACCAGAAGUUUUCCCCGUCGUCUUGAUCUGUGGCAGUGAGUCUGUCCAGCCCACUGUCUGAGAACUGGAAGGCAAUCACGGCUUAAGCGACGUGCUUUGUGGGCUACAUUCUAAGUCCACCACGCCUCAAGCUUGUAGUUGGACCUUCCCGUGGAAGUUGGACCUCCUACUCCCUGUUCCGAGUAGCUGAGAUUCAGCACCGUCCUUUCCGGAGAGCUUUAUUUCCUAUCCAGCCAAAGAAAGCGAAGCUGACUUUUAACAUCUGUUUCUCAGCCCUCAAGAGUCUGCCUCCCUCUUCGGCUGGCACGAAGGGCAGAACUGCAAUUGGUCUUCCCAGAGCUGAAACUCAGAUUUUACAAGACCCCGUAGGCAUUCGCUGGGGCUGGGCAGAAAACUCCGGCACCCUCCUUGGCCUUCGCCAGGCCAGACAGUGGGGGUCCCAGCUUUGGAAAGCAGCUGCGCCCCCAGACCAAAGCUUGCUCAACCAACGGGGCUGGAGGUGGGUGACGAUUUCCCCUGGCAUGGCUGCCCCCUUGUUCUGACCUCGGGAGCACAGGGACAUUAUCAGAAACGGCUCGCUCGGUUUCCUCCAGUUCCAAACACCCCAACCCGAAAGGCUUUUGUCAUAUGGAUUCCCUGGGGGUGGGGCGGGGGGCUGAAGACCCACCCUCCCUUCUGUUUCCUCAGGCACACAGAGCAUUAUCAAUAACCUGGUUAAAGGUGGGUGGAUUGAACAGGCAGUACUUUUUCCCUCCUUUCACCCCGUCAUCGGCCUUUGCUAGUUGGGUGGCACAGGGUGUUUUAUUUGUAGACACAAAACUCCCUAUAUAUUUUUAACAGAGAUAUAGGUCUCUGCGGAACCGUUUAUAAUAUUUUUUUUGCACCUCCGAGGACCAGAAAGCUCCCCUUUUCAAUCUGUUACGACGAUGGUUCUGGUUUAUAAUGCCAUUCCUCUCCACCAUCGACGAGGCCAGCCCGGGGAUGUCCGAAGGCCAGCGUCCGACGAAACAAAGGCCCAGACUGUUGCAAGCCGCGACACGGAGGUCGUUUUGGACUCAUUGGCGGCCCCAUCCCGAAAUCUUUCUUGCCCCCAGCGUCUUUCUGCCUAGGAAAAUGCAAGGUGCCAGGCGUGUUCCUUUGCGCAGCCCCGUGCCAAGGGUGGUUCUCGGAAAGGCAGCCGAGCAUUCGGGUGGCCCUGGUGUGGUCCAAGCGAGCGGCGGGCAGCUUUGCGCCUCCAACAGGGCUCGCGGUCAAGAGGUUUGACCACAGCCCCCGUCCUCCCUGAAGCCCAGCGGCUUUGGGCCGGCCACAGCUGCUCCAUCUCUCUGCCAACCUCGCAUUUGGGCUGCCUAAUAAACCGCUCGGCUACAGCGGCACUUCCGUAUCUCAGGAGAGCGAGGACCCAAGAGCCUUGCCCUCGUGCAAACGCCAUUUCUGGCCAGGCUGGGGUCCUUGCACACGUCCGGGGCUGCUAAGCUAGGGCGGCCAGCAGGGAGGAGGUCUGAAGGCACGGGCCCCUUCUCCGCAGCCCUGUUUCGUUUAAACCUGCAGUACUUCCCAAGGGGACGUCUGUCGGCCUCCUUUUGUUAUGAUGGUCUCGGAAUGGAAAGUUGUGCCUUACUGGUCCUUAAAGAGGCAGGGAGUUGCGUCCCCCCAGCGCCCUCGUCUUUGGCCAGCUACAAAUGUUGCCCGCCCCCCCCCUUAUGGCAGUGAAAGAUUCCCAGGACAUGCAAUAAACUCUUUUUCUGCUUUUUGAAUAGCUUUAUGUGCA